AAGAAAGAAACCUUGUGGGGAGUUCCACACUUCAGCAUCGCCGCAGCUUCGUUUCGAUUUGUCGACUAUAAAAGAGAGACGGGAGCGACGGCAGCAGCUUCCUUCUGUCUCAGCGGCUCACUGAAGACCAUCAGCUCUACAAGAUCAGCUCCAUCUGGCUCCACAGCAGGUUGAAGACAUCAUGCCCCGUCGCCAGUGCACCAUUGAGCUUGAGAAUAAGUGCUCUGCGUACACCCUGUGUAACCCGAGUUGGUCCAUUGUCAGUGGAUCCUGUGCGAAGGCUUUUCCGCCAACACUCGGUCCCUCUGAAUCUGGCAGCUCUCUGUUCAUCAAGACUACUCGCGCAGCAUGCGGAUCUGUUGGAGUCCUCACUUACGAUCUGCAGAAUGAAUCCACAAAGAAAUGUGAUGGAAAAAUGGCCAUCAUGUUCUCCGUUCCCUAUGACUUCAACGCGUUCUCUAACUGGUACGCAGUGGGAGUCUUUGACGAGAAUAAAGUGUGUGAUUCAAGCCUUUUUAAAGAAAUGUAUUACAACACAGAGAACGGGUUUGUCAGAGGUCAAGCUAAACAUGGCGGUCUGACUUACAAAGGCGAAGCUGUUACCAUCAGAGCCACCAUGUCAGACAGUUGCACACCUGUCAUCAAGAUACAGGCAGUGUUGAGCGAGCGACACUGGAAAGUGUAGUGAGUGAACCAGUUACUGUGCAUUAAAUGAAGCUUCACUACACUGAAGUCUACUUUAAUUUCAUCAUGUCACUCUUCAUUCUCGACAUUAGUUGAUCUUUAUAUAUCUCUAUAUGCCGCUGUUUGCACCGUCUGGUGCUCAACUGCAUUUCCUUGUACUGACUGUGUGUAAUGACAAUAAAGUUGAAUCUAAUCUA